AUGACGAACAUUGCUUCCGAAUUUCAGGAAGGACCUGAUGUGAGUGACGAGUUGGCAAAAACUAAAAUAGAGUUGCAAUCACACCACGAGAAGGUUGCCAUUUGGGAGGAAGGUCUUAAGCAGGCCCGUCAAGCAUGCGAAGCCUGGAAAGCAGACGCAGAACACUACAAAAUGAAAGCCGAGCAAGCUGAAAUGGAACGAAAUCGAGCGGUGUUCGAACGAGACCAGGUGAGAAGCUGGUAG